UGCCUAGGCAGUCGCAGUUGGGCCACCCGGGGCCACACCUGGUGAGCGCUCAGCGCUGCCGGCGCGACUUCUCCGGGUCCCAGGGUGUCAGGGGCGCAGCUGGUGACAGGGGUUUCCCUGAUCCGGUGAUUGGCAACAGGUAUUUAGGCUCCUACUUUCUGGAGGAUCCACACCUGCAGGACGUACCUGAUCUCCGCGGGACGCCACGUCUGCCUCCACAGGGAGAAAAAAAUCGAGCGUCGGCCCGAGGCUAAAACCACCUGUGCUGCUCCUGCCACCACCGUGCACUCUGGGCGCAGGUCACCGAGGGGGACCAUGGACGCGUCGCGGGACAUCGGCAGUUUUGUGGUGUGGGACUACGUGGUGUUCGCAGGCAUGCUGCUCAUCUCGGCGGCUAUAGGCAUCUAUUACGCCUUCGCGGGGGGCGGCCAGCAGACCUCCAAGGACUUUCUUAUGGGCGGUCGCAGUAUGUCCGCCGUGCCUGUGGCUCUGUCCCUCACCGCCAGCUUCAUGUCCGCUGUCACUGUCCUGGGCACUCCUGCCGAGGUCUACCGUUUUGGGGCGAUAUUCAGCAUCUUUGUCAUCACCUACUUUUUUGUAGUGGUUAUCAGCGCGGAGGUCUUCCUUCCAGUGUUCUAUAGGCUGGGGAUCACCAGCACCUACGAGUAUUUGGAACUUCGAUUUAAUCGAUGCAUUCGUCUCUGUGGCACAAUCCUCUUCAUCGUUCAAACAAUUCUGUACACUGGAAUUGUGAUUUAUGCCCCUGCUCUGGCUUUGAAUCAAGUUACAGGAUUUGAUCUGUGGGGCGCAGUGGUGGCCACAGGGGUGGUCUGCACAUUCUACUGCACACUGGGCGGUCUUAAAGCAGUUGUCUGGACAGAUGUUUUUCAAGUUGGGAUCAUGGUGGCUGGAUUUGCAUCCGUAAUUAUACAGGCAUCAAUAACUCAACAUGGCAUCAAUAAGAUUUUAAGUGAUGCUUUUAAUGGUGGAAGAUUAAACUUCUGGAAUUUUGAUCCUAACCCUUUGCAAAGACACACGUUCUGGACAAUUGUCAUUGGAGGGACUUUUACCUGGACCACCAUCUAUGGUGUCAACCAGUCCCAAGUGCAGAGAUAUAUUUCCUGUAAAAGCAGACUCCAUGCAAAACUGUCCCUCUAUGUCAACCUUGUGGGCCUCUGGGUGAUCCUCACCUGCUCCAUAUUCUGUGGGCUUGCCCUGUACUCCAGAUACCGUGAAUGUGAUCCCUGGACAUCUAAGAAAGUGUCAGCGAUUGACCAGCUUAUGCCUUAUUUGGUGUUGGACAUUUUGAAAAAUUACCCUGGUGUUCCCGGACUUUUUGUGGCCUGCGCUUACAGUGGGACAUUAAGCACAGUGUCCUCCAGUAUCAAUGCCUUGGCGGCAGUCACCGUGGAAGAUCUCAUCAAACCCCGCUUUAAGUCUCUCUCAGAGAAGUCUCUGUCUUGGAUUUCCCAAGGAAUGAGUGUUCUGUAUGGAGCUCUGUGCAUUGGAAUGGCUGCCCUGGCAUCGCUGAUGGGAGCCUUGUUACAGGCAGCACUCAGCAUAUUCGGCAUGGUUGGUGGACCACUUCUGGGCUUGUUUUCUUUGGGCAUCUUGGUCCCCUUCGCCAACUCGAUUGGAGCACUCACUGGUCUGUUGGCUGGAUUUGCCAUUUCCUUAUGGGUAGGAAUUGGAGCCCAGCUUUAUCCUCCGCUUCCUGAGAGAACCUUACCAUUGCCCCUUGAAACCUAUGGCUGUAACAUCACGCACAAUGGGUCGGACUGGAUGUCAACCACAGAAAUGCCAUUUUCUACUAGCGCUUUUCAAAUACAUAAUGCGGAAAGGACUCCACUGAUGGACAAUUGGUAUUCAUUAUCAUAUCUGUACUUCAGUACUAUUGGAACGCUGACAACACUGUUUGUGGGGAUACUUAUCAGCUUAUCAACAGGAGGAAGAAAACAGAACUUAGAUCCCCGAUUCUUACUAACCAAACAGGACUUUUUAUCCAAUUUUGAUGUUUUUAAGAAAAGGAAUCAUGUUUUAAACUAUAAAUUGCAUCCUGUGGAAGUUGGUGGAACUGAUAACCCUGCCUUCAACCAUGUUGAGCUGAACUUCACAGAUCACAGUGGCAAGAUCAAUGGGACUCGCUUGUGAAGCAUCUCCAGGGCUAGAUGACAUUGUAUAAUGUCUGUUUUGUUUUUGUUUUGCUUUUCUUUAAACAUGUUUUAGGAUAGUUGGAUCAGAUCAGUUUUUUCCUAUCAUGAUUGUUUUUGGAAGAUAUAUUUUAUUAAAGCCAAAUCCCGAUUUGGCUCACUUUAUACACUGGUUGAUUGAUGCUAUCCUGGAGUUAGGAGUUUCAACACGAGCUCUGGUUGUGGAUGUUUAUAACUACAUACAUGUGUGAAAGGCAAAUACAGACAUACACACAUGGUUCUUGAUAAUCAAAGGCAUAUUCUUACGUUUGGGCAUUACUGAAAACAUUUUACAUGCCUUUGGUGCUAGUAUAUGUAUAUUCUGGGAACUUUACUAGAAUAAUAAAUCUUGGAAAGAGAUUUCUUUCCUCCCCCUGAAUAUCCUGUUUCUAGGCAGCAGGGACAGGAGGAGGAGUAGAGCACUUCUGUGGACUUUACUUCUGGAUCAGCCCAUGCUAUAACCUUGCCUCUGAGUCUGCCUCUGAAUGGGUAAAUAGCAGCAUCCUGCCUAGGAUACACUAGGUACCCAACGAUCAAGUUCAUCUUUAAUGCAUUCUUGUGCCUGUUUUUCCUCUGCUGAGAUUCCUGACAAUUGCCAAGUACAGUGCUUUUCAUAGACUAUUGACUAUAGAUUAUAGACCAUUGACUGUAGACUAUCAACUAUCGACUAUAAUUUUUAAUCUUUAUUCCCAACUUCUGUUCUAAUAACCUUGCUUUUGUAGAGCAUGUUACCUGGACUUAACUGUUCCAGCUUCUUGCUUUUUGCCCUGGGUUUAGAUAUGUCUUGAGACAUCCAAUAUAAACUAUGUCACCUCUUUCCUUCAGUCCCCAGAUCCCAUCCUGUGCUAACACAUGCUUCUUGUGUAUUGGGUAACCCAAGAACAUUAAAUAUUUGAAAACGGUGAAGUCCCAUGGAGUCGCACAAUUGCUUUUAAUGCUGUUAAGUUGAAUUACUAAUUCAUAUAGUUAAAGAACUUCAUAGGGAAAUACUUCUUUAUUUUUUCACAUGUUUCAGGUUAUUAAAUGCAUGCUUUUUUUCUAUUUUCUAAGAUUUCAAGCAGUAAUUUCAAAGUUCUUAGCCAUUUAUUUGGCUACAUUCAUAGCUAAAACUUGUGUUACAGAGUUUCAUCAAUAACUUAUUUUUCUAUGAUACCCACAUUAGAUAUUGCUUAAAUUUUUAAAAAGUUUUCAAUAUUUUAAGAAAAGAAAUACUGAUAUUUUAAAAAUAAUUCAUAAUUUUAUACAUAUUUUUGGUCUAUUAUAUUUGAAGGCUAUACUAUUUACUUUUAAAGGCUCUUAACUGAUAAUAAAAACUAAAAUAUCAAAAAUAUUAGCAUUUAUCUGAAACAAAGAGAUUUAUAUGCCAUUUGAAUCAACUAUGUAUUCAUGUAUUUCUUAUGUAUAUAGAUCUAUUUAUUGAUUACUAUAUUUGUAAACAAAAAUCAAGUUUUGUGAUUAUCUUGCAGUACUCUAAUGAGCAUGGUUAUGUAAUUUUAUAUAUGUAAUCUUAUAUAACUAUGAUUUGAAGUAUAGUUAUUUAUUAGAUGAUUCUGAAAAAAAAUAUACAUAUACAUACACACACACACACAUACACAUGAUGCUUCAGUUUUGGCAAUGAGAAUCAGGUUAUUUGAUUAACUUUUUCUUUGAUCUGACUGCACAAAGGUUACUCAACGUGUUCUUCAUGAGAAGUGGUAUUCCAAACGAGUUUGUCAACUUCCUGUAAGACAAAGUAUAUCCUUGUGAGAUUUGGAAAUACCACUGUCUUAUUUUUACAAAUGCACAGGAAUGCCAGAUAGAAUUCUUAAAGUCAAAAGAUGUUGCUAUUACUUAAAAAGUAUUUAUUUUUAACUUUUAAAACAUGGGACUAAUAUAAAUAUGAGGGAUAUGUCAGCAUAUUACAAUGUAAAGUAAAUAAUCUUUUCUUAGUUUUAUUAAAACACAAAAACCUUAAUGGAAGAAAACAAUUGUACAGGUUGUCUGUCAGUGUCUUGCUGCUGACAAGUAUGCCUUUGACUUUGCCCUUAAUUUCAUUUAAUGCUGAUAUAAGAAUGAGGCUGCCCACCUCAAAAAAGUAGUGUGAAAGACCUGAGUUUUGACAGACCAGGAUUUCAUUAACUCAAGUGAUUUGAGGCAAAUAUUAUUUGCUAGGUUUUUUUUGAACUAAGAAGAAUCUUUACUAUCAUGAAGUAAAAAAAACAAAACAAAACAAAAACAAAAACAAAACCCUUCCCUAAAAAAUAUGUGCCACAGGAGUAAAAAUACAUUUGAGAAUCAACAGGAAAGACUAUAAACCUUAAAGAAAGACAUGAUUCAGUCCUAUUCAUCCUACAGAGAGGUGAAAACUUUAUAGGUCAGGUGUAAAACAUCACAGAGUCAUGUUAUCAGUAAGUGGAUUGUUUGCAUGCUCUCUUUUUUUCUCUUGAGACCAGUAGUUACCAGCAUGGGUCAUUGUGUUUCUCUGGUGACAUGUGGAGACAUUUAAGUGUCCCCAAUGAGAUUGCUGGUGCCAUGUAUGGAAUUAGGUUCAGGAAAGUACCAUUAGCACUCUGGAUAAUGACCACACACUUUCAGAGGAGUCUGAAAUGUGAACACAUUUUCACAAGUCGUGGGUAAUUAUUUAGACCAGUCUUUGGCCAGCUCAGCUCCUUUACGUGGUUUCUAAUAUGGCCCCACAUUAGGAUGUUAUGAAAUACAUGACUACUAAGAUCUCUGAACUUCAUCUUACUUAUGGAAAGCACACGUCAUGUGGUUUGUUUCAUGAAAUAAGCUGAACAUAUGAUGUAGACACAUUGGGUAGGGCUGAGCUUGAGAAACACUGAAGAACUCUGUGAACUGAUUCCCUCUGAAUCUUCCCAUGAAGAUUGUUGAUAAGGAGGCAACCAAGGUAAAGGGCUGCGGUUCAGCGGUAAAACUCUUACUGAGCUUGUGCAAGAUCCUAGGCUUCCUUCCCAGCAUCACUGAGAACGGGGGCAACCUAGUGCAUGUCCGUUUAGCUCUUAAAAACGCAUUGGAUGCAUUUAGAGUCAACUUUUGUACCACUGUUUGUGAAAAUAUUGGGAAAGUUGAAUAUUUCUAUGUAAAAUAUGGUUACAAACUUAUUUUUUUUUCAAUUUGCUGAUUAAAAUUUCCAUAAAAAUCA